AUGGCAGCAGAAAAUGAGGUUGCUUGCGUUACGGGUGAAACCAAUGAUGUUCUGAAGGAGGAGAGGCCAAAGUGGGACAAUAAGUUUCAGUAUAUCCUGAGCUGUGCAGGAUUUGCUGUGGGACUGGGGAAUAUCUGGAGGUUCCCUUACCUCUGUCAGACUUAUGGAGGUGGAGCCUUUUUGAUCCCAUACCUCAUUGCAUUGAUCUUUGAGGGAAUUCCACUGCUCCACCUUGAAUUGGCAAUUGGACAGCAACUCCGGAAAGGGAGCAUUGGUGUCUGGAAUUCCAUUUCCCCCUACCUGGGAGGAGUCGGUAUUGCCGCCAUGGUGGGUUCCUUCAUCAUGGGGUUGUACUACAACACCAUCCUUGCCUGGAUACUCUGGUACUUUUUUCAUUCUUUCGAGGAACCAUUGCCAUGGAAAAACUGCCCUUUAAACAACAAUAAAACAGGGUUUAUUAAAGAGUGCAAGCAGAGCACUUCAGUGGAUUACUUCUGGUACAGAGAAACCUUGAAUAUCAGUCCAGAUAUUACUGCAAAUGGAGGUGGCCAGCAAUGGUGGCUGGUUAUAUGCCUUGCUGUCGCUUGGUUGACUGUGUACUGUUGUGUUUUAAGAGGAAUUGAAAGCUUGGGAAAGGUCAUCUACUUCACUGCAACUUUCCCUUACCUUGUACUAUUCAUUCUCCUUGUACAAGGAUUAACACUGCCUGGGGCCUUUCAUGGUUUGACCUAUCUAAUUACUCCAGAUCUGAAUGUUUUGAGCCAACCACAUGUGUGGUUCGAUGCAGUGACCCAGAUCAUUUACUCGUUGUCUUUGGGUCUUGGAGGACUUAUUGCAUUCUCCAGCUAUAAUUCACCAAAGAAUGACUGUGAGAUGGAUGCCCUGGCAAUAGCUAUUAUCAAUGGCUUUACCUCUAUCUUUGCUUCUGUUCCCAUCUUCUCCGUUCUUGGGUUUAAGGCAACUACUACUUACUGGGAUUGCUUAGACAAGAAUAUGCUACUCAUUUCAAAUGAAUUCGAAAUUCAGGAUGGAAAUGUCACAAGAGAAAAUUAUUUCAGUUGGUUGGAUGAUCUAAAUGCUACCCAUCAUGACAGACUCAAUGCUCUCACUUUGAAGAAUUGUGUCCUUAAGGACUUUCUUGAUCAGAGCAUGUCAGGUACUGGCCUUGCCUUCAUAGCUUUGACUGAAGGGAUUGCUCGAAUGCCUGUUUCUCAGCUAUGGGCCAUCUUGUUCUUCUUCAUGCUGUUCAAUCUGGGCUUGUCAACCAUGUUUGGCAACAUGGAGGCAAUUCUUACUCCGCUGCUAGACCUUAAGGUGUUUCCAAAAUAUGUUCCUAAAGAAAUUAUUACAGCUAUGAUAUGUCUGCUGUCCUUUAUCGGAGCACUUAUUUUCACUACAGCAUCCGGGAGUUACUGGCUGUCAAUUUUUGACAAAUAUGGAAUUUCUUUGCCUCUUCUGAUCAUUGCUUUCUUCGAGCUGAUUGGGGUUAUUUAUGUAUAUGGGAUUAAUAAAUUCUGUGAUGAUUUGGAAUUUAUGACCGGUAGACGGCCUAACCUUUACUGGUACGUGACCUGGAAAUUUAUCAGCCCUGUACUGUUGUUUUCAAUCUUUGUGGCCUUUGUUGCUAUUGAAGUUCAGCAUCAUUUGUCAUUUGAAGCCUGGAACCCCAACUAUGUAGAGUUCCCUAAGAAAGAAGAGAAGGAGUAUACAAGUUGGCUGGUAGUCAUGUGUGUGCUCCUGGCCAUACUACUCUCUAUAUUUAUUCCACUUAUUGCUCUUUAUCAUCUCAUCAUAUCUAAAUUCAGGAGACACAGGCAAAGACUAGAGAAUCCCUUUGACAACCUAGCUUUUCAUCUCUAAAGAAUUCCA